AAUAAUCAGUGAGCAGCAAGAACCAGCCGUGGUUUUUUUCGCACCAACGUGGCGAGCGUGGCAUCACUCACUCGCCCCUGAUUGUCAUACGGUUAGAGCAGAAGACAAGUUGACCCAAACUUGAGAGCCAAACUAGGAGCUCGCGUUUCCAUGGCUACGCCGACGGUCGUGCUCCUGCCGGUCUGGGCGUCGGGCCAUUUCAUGCCGACGCUCGAGGCCGGCAAGCGCCUCGUUGCGGCCCUCGGCGCCGGCUUCUCGCUCACCGUGCUCGUCAUGGGCGCACCGACGCGCGAGUCCGCUCUGGAGGUAGCCGCGCACGUCGCCCGCGAGACCAACGGCGGCGUGGUGAGUUUCCGUCACCUCCCGUCCGUGGAACCGCCGACGGACUGCGCGACCGUCGAGGAGUUCACCUCCCGCUACAUCCAUCUCCACGCGCCGCACGUAAAGAACGCCGUGGCCGCGCUGCCGGGCCCCGCAGUCGCGCUCGUCGUCGAGUUCACCUCCACGACCAUGCUCGACGUCGCGCGCGAGCUCGGCGUGCCGGCGUACGUGUACUUCGCGUCGUCUGCCGCCAUGCUCGCGGUCAUGAUGCGGCUGCCGGCGCUCCACGAGGAGGUGCCCGCGGAUUUCGCGGAGAUGGACGGGGAGCUGGUGCACGACGUGCCCGGCUUGCCGCCGCUGCCGGCUUCGUGCAUGCCGGCGUCCGUGAUGGUGAAAAGCAGCCCUAGCUACGCGGACACCGCGUACCAUGGUGGCCGACUCGCGGAGGCCGCGGGCAUAAUCCUGAACACGGUGGCCGAGCUGGAACCAGCGGUGGUUGCGGCGGUCGCGGAGGGGCGGUGCAUGCCCGGGCGCCCGCCGCCUGUUGUGUACCCCAUCGGACCGGUGAUCCCGUCAGCUGCUGAUAGCAGCAGUGACCACGAGUGCCUUCGGUGGCUCGACGCGCAGCCACGGGGCUCGGUAGUCUUCCUCUGCUUUGGCAGCAUGGGAUUCCUCGGAGCGACGCAGGUGAGGGAGGCCACCGUUGGUCUCGAGCGAAGCGGGCACCGGUUCCUGUGGGUUCUACGGACGCCACCGCCGGAAGCCGACGGCCUGGAGCUGGAGGAGCUGCUCCCGGAGGGAUUCUUGGAUCGGACGAGGGGGAGAGGUCUCGUUUGGCCGGCGUGGGCGCCGCAGAGGGAGGUCCUCGCCCACCCCGCCGUGGGUGGCUUUGUGACGCACUGCGGCUGGAACUCGGUGCUGGAGGCCCUGCGGUUCGGCGUGCCCAUGGCGCCAUGGCCGCUGUACGCCGAGCAGCACCUGAAUGCGUUCGAGCUCGUGGUCGCCAUGGGCGUGGCCGUCAAGAUGGACGUGGACAGGAAGAGGAAUAACUUGGUUGAGGCGGCGGAGCUGGAGCGGGCGCUACGGUGCCUCAUGGACGGCAACGGCACGGAGGGGAGACGGGCCAGGGAGCGGGCUGCGGAGGCCAAGGCCGCCUGCCUGAAGGCGGUGGAGGGCGGAGGGUCGUCUUACGGUUCGUUACAGGCCGCCGCGGCAGCCGUUCGGCGUGCGUGGGACGUGAGAAGCACUAGUGGUGGUGGACGGCAAUGAAUGGUGCCACGAUUGAUUCAUUUCUAGACGUCGUCGUGUAGGCCGGGUAGCUUUUUUUCAGUACUGCACCCAGGGGAUCGAUCGUCUACUGUCUUCUUCAACUCCAUGACACCAUGAAAGUGCAAACCCACAUGUUAAAUCGACCAGAUUGUGUGGUGGCCUAGUCUCCCGGCCUGGAGGCAUUGUCUGGAGUCACCCAUAGCCAUGGCUGGUGCAUCGACUUGCCCCGCCGGGAGCUGGUUGGUGGCGUGGGGACUACCGGCUCGGCUAGAAUAAUGGAGGGGGUCCUAACAUCCCUCUCACACCAUGAUAAAGAACUAAUUGUUGCCACUCUUCAUUGAUCUAGCGGAGUGUCGAGUUUUGAAAGGAUCCACCGGUGAACUCUAACGGACGACAUGCCGGAGAUUGCUGGAUGGGAUGGUAUUUACUCAUAUGUAGACAUGUUUUUUUUACUGUCCGGUUUUAGAGGAAGCGAUUCAAAACUCUGUAAUAUGUUGCCAUCGUGUUACAUGUCUUUAUUUCAAUGGUGAAGUCAGUCGUGGAGAUUGAAAUGGAGCUGAGAUCCGGGAACUUGUUAUGGUGGUUCAAGUCCUGAUGGCCAUGGGGUUUUGGCUUGCUGAUUGUAGCACCGGAAUCAACAAGUGGGGGCGAGAGCACCAAAGAAUUUCAGUCUCUAAACUUGUAGGGUGAAAACCCAAGGUCUGACCUUAAUUAAUUGCGUCUGUGAGAAGAUUGAACACACUUAGGCAUUUUCCAUUGCAUGUAUAUAUAGACAAAUAUUACAAUUCUAACCAUAAAUGGGAGAUCAUACAAAUAAGAACUCAACGCGAUUUAGAGGAUUAUGGGAUAUGUCAUGCUACGUGACAUAUAUGUCUAACACUCCCCCGCAAUCACAACCGGAGGAGAAUGGACGUUGAUACUAACCAAAAAUCCAGAAACAACGGUGAUGGAAGACCCUUCAUCAAGAUGUUGGCGAUGUUGAAGAACGUGUGCCACUUGGGGAAGGCGUUGGACUUGAAGUCGAGGACGACCGGGAUGAGGGAGCGUACGCUCUAGAUGGCGGUGGCUUGCGCCCAUAGGUGGAAGUCGGGAUGAGGUGCGAUGGGCUCGAAGGGAGCCAUGGAGGAAGAAGGGGGGCUGCAGCCGGCUAAGUGUUGAGGAAGUCGCCGGAUGCAGCUAGGAUUGGGAGGGGAGGGAGAGGCGGGAACAAAAAAUUAUUCUCGAAGCCUAUCAAACAUGGCGCAAUGGUGAAAACUUAUCGUAAUUCGGAUAAACGUUUCAAAAGAUAUUUCAGUCACUUUUGGACUAUAUAUCCUUCACUUUUGGCAAAAUAUUUUAUUUUUAGGAUAAAUCUGAUAUAUUUUUAAAAUGUUAUUUAAAAUAUAGCACGCUAUUAGCACGACAUAGCGUCCAUAGAGUUUAAAGAAGACCGCCGCUAUUUCAUUUAGUACGCUAUUUUAAACCUUAUUCGAAAUAGAAAAAAAAAAUGGUGAUGUUAGAGAGAGGUGCGGCACACGUAAAGAACUAGCUCAAGUGAGGAACAAGGGUUUUGGAGGAAGGGCCAUGCCCCUGCCGACGAAUGUGUUUGUGCCGAUUCAUGGAGGAGGAUGUGUCAAUUUGAUGUCGUGAAGAGCAAUGAAUGUGGAAAAAGGAAAAAUAAUAAUGGUGAAUGAGACAUGAAAAGCUGCUCAGAUGCUGAAAAAGUUUUUUAUUAGAUGAUUAGGAUGCAUUUUUUUACAUGGAUUGUUUUCGUGCAAAAAAAUAAUAAGAAAGGAUUUUAUUGGCGCAGAAAGAAAAGAGGAUUGUGCUCUUUUUUAUUUGGAAAAAAUGAAGCCAAUCUUGUUUUUUCAAGAAAAAAUGAAGCCAAUCAGUAUUUAUGUAUAGUACACUCGGUAAAAGAUGGGCCACAUGGCCUGCGGAAACCCUAGAACACGAGGCACCGAAGAUCGCGGCGUAUCAUGUCGCCACUUCGAUUGUUCGGCUCUCUCGUCGCCGGGAGGCUCUCCUCACGCCGGAUCUGCGGGCAAGCUUUAGAAUCCGCGAGGCUCCUGCACCAGUCUAGGACACUUACUAGCGAUGUGGGUGGAUCUGGCUUCCGUGGCAGGUUGCCCAUGGGUGAAUUGCAUCGUAGUGUUGUGACAGUGGGUGCCUUGUCUCUCUUUGGGGGUGGUAUUUUGUAUUUGAAAGAUGACCCUGAAGAGCCAGCAGCCCGCAAGCUGAUUUACCAGGAGCUCCUGGAGGAGGAAACCUAUGAGGAGAAAGCCAUGAAAAAAAGGUUUGAAGAGUGGAUGAUCAAGUACGACCGCAGGUACAGGGACAAUGAGGAGAAGGCGAUGCGGUACAAGAUAUUCAAGAGUACGGCACAACGCGUUGACGAGCUUAACUUGAGGCCAGGGGCUUUAUCCACCGUUGGAACAAACGAUUUCGCCGACAGAACUGCUGAAGAGAGGCCAAGCGGAGCUUCCAGGACAAGAGGCAACUAUCAGUUUUAGAUCGUUCCUGCUAUGAGUAUCUUGUGCAACUGUUGUGCUAUAUAUGUAUGUUAGAGUGAUAACCUUAACUUAAUGUGUUAUUGCUGGUGGACGUACUUAAGAACCUUCAUGAAAUCAGGGUGUAUUAGCUAGCUUUAUGGAUUCUAUCAUAUCAUAGAUCUAUAUUUUGCAAGUCAAGACCCAGAACCCAUGCUACUGGCUGAGUCUGUGUGUUGUUCUUGUUCCUAAA